GCACUCUCCAGCUUCCAAAUUCAGCCCCAUGGAAGAAGUAAUGGAUGGAAGUUUUGAUGAAAAGAGUAUGCUCCAUAGCCAAGCACAAGUGUGGAAGUACAUGCUCCACUUCAUUGACUCCAUGGCUCUAAAAGCCGCCGUCGACCUCCGGAUACCUGACAUCAUACACUCUCACGCCGCCGCCCAACCCAUCACACUCUCCCAAAUCGCCGCCGCCAUCCACGACUCUCCUUCCCCGGACACCGCCACCCUUUCUCGUAUCCUGAGGCUACUCGUCCGCCGCAAAAUCUUCACCUCCGCCGUCCGACCCAGCGACGGCGCCACCGUGUACGGCCCGACUCCGGCGUCGAGGUGGCUGGUGCGUGACGCGGAGCUGAGCAUGGCCCCCAUGCUGCUCUUCCAGACCCAUCCUUUGUCCAUGGCGCCUUUCCAUUGCUUCAGUCGGUGCGUGAAGGAAGGCGGAUUCGCGUUCGAGAAAGCGCAUGGGAAGGGGAUUUUCGAAAUGGCCGCCGGCGAUCCGGAGUUCAAUAAGAGUUUCAACGACGGCAUGGAAUCUGUGACUCAGAUCAUUAGCAAGGCGAUCGUUUCGGGUUACGGCGGAGACGGGUUUAGGUCCGUUGGGUCUCUGGUGGACGUCGGAGGCGGGACCGGAGCUGCCGUGGCGGAGAUCGUGAAGGCGUUUCCUCAUAUCAAGGGGAUUAACUUCGACUUGCCGCAUGUUGUCGCGACGGCGCCGGAGUACCAAGGUGUUUCUCACGUCGGCGGUGACAUGUUUGUGUCCAUUCCCUCUGCUCAAGCCAUCUUUAUUAAGUGGGUGUUGCACGACUGGGGAGACGAAGAGUGCGUGAAGAUUCUGAAGAAUUGCCGGGAGGCGCUGCCGGAGAAGACCGGAAAGUUGAUAAUUGUGGACGCAGUUUUGAAGCCGGAGGGUGAUCCCAUAUUUGGUGACAUAAGUUAUGUAACAGAUCUUCUCAUGCUGGCUCACAGCUCUGGAGGAAAAGAAAGGACUGAAGAAGAAUGGAAGAGAUUGUUAAUGGAAGCAGGAUUUCCAAACUAUAACAUCAUUCAAAAUAUUGCUGUGGCUUCCAUUAUUGAGGCCUAUUCUCAAUAAUUUUUUUUUCUUUAAUUUGGUUAUGUAAUCUAUAUGUUUUACUUUGGGUGACAAGAAAAAUCUACAGUUAUUAUUACUUAAAAGUGUGUACUAGAUAAACCUCGCUUUAUAAUUUUAGGUGACAAAUUAAAAGAUUUUUA